CAGGACACCGGUUUGUUGUGGCAGCGGGAUCGCGCACCGUGCCUUUUAACAUUCUUGUGUCAUUCAUCAGCAGAAGACGGAGCGAUCCCUUCAGGGCAGCUGACACCAUGGCAGGAGUUCUGGCCCGAAGAGCGGUGGACUAUGUGAAGAGCAAGGAUUUUCGUGACUAUCUUAUGAGUACACACUUCUGGGGACCAGUGGCUAACUGGGGUCUGCCAAUUGCUGCUAUCAAUGACAUGAAGAAAUCUCCUGAAAUAAUCAGUGGGCGAAUGACCUUUGCACUUACCUGCUAUUCACUCCUUUUUAUGAGAUUUGCAUACAAAGUGCAACCCAGAAAUUGGCUCUUGUUUGCAUGUCAUUUUACCAAUGAAGGAGCACAACUUAUCCAGGGAUCCCGACUGAUUAAGUACAAUUUGUCACAAAAGAAAUCUGAAACUCCAGCAUCAUGAACAGAGGACGGCCUUCCAUUCCAUCUUGGAAUAUCUUGCCUCGUGAAAACUAUAGGAUCUUGCCAACAAAUUGUUUGCACUUUUGUGUGUUUUUAUUUCUAACUCGACAUCUAACACUACAUUCUUAGAAAGUGAAAUAAUAAAUUUUUGUAAUAAUAACUUAAAAUAACAUGUUUUCACAAUAUUAGAUAUGUACCAAGCUAUGGUGCAGAAAAAAUAAUUUACUAAACAUCAGCAGCUUCAAAGAACAAAGUUAGGUGUUUUAUUUACACAGUUGAGUUUUUAUUUGUAUUUCAGGGGCAUUCAUAUCUGAUAUGAAUUUUUAAGAGUAUUAAUAAAAAUGAAAACUUACAAGUUA